GAAAAAAGCAGAGCCUCUGCAAUCUUUGCUUUCACGCCUUUAUUUGUAUAACACAUGGCUGAAUUUUCCAGCGUGACGGUUUGUGAAAGAAAUUUUUAACGUCCAAGGAGUGCUCUUCGUCACCAAAACAUGACAUACGAGACUUGGAGUCCUAACAGGCGAUUUAAGCCGCCUUCAUACAGCGACUACCGUCGUUUGCGAGAUGACAGACUUGGUGGAAGCAUGUACAAUGAUACUGGAUUUAACCGGGUUCCCUCCUUCCGGAAUCGAGCCUACAACAUUCCUGUACACAUCGACAUAAAUCCGACUAUGUCGAACCCUCGGUCGACCGACAAUGUUAUUCCUGUAAACAUCGACAGAAACCCCUCCCGCUCGGCCGACACUUUUAUUCCUGUUAACAUCGAUAGGACUUCAACUGUGUCGAACCCUCGCUCGACCGACUCUUUCAUUCCUGUAAACAUCGACAGAACUCCUGCAGUGUCGACUCCUCGUUCGACUGAGCCUUUUGUUCCCAUAAACAUCGAAAGAUCGCCAGUUACAGCUGUAAACCAUGGCACGGCCCCUUACUACUCCAAUCCAUCGACUAGACCGCUAGAAAAUGGAGGACCUACUUUUUCAAGGGAACCAGCUGUUUCUUUCGACAGAUUUCCUCGACCUACCUAUGACGAUGAUUAUGACGCAGCGGACGAUGACGUGUCCUCAAACCGCGCCAGGGUCUCGGCGAUAGACAUUCUGAGCGAGGAGAAUAGCAGGCAGCACCACACCGAGAAAUAUGACGCGGUGCAGGCUGGUGGCCUCGUGGUCAGGAGAGGACAACCCUUUAACCUUAUGCUGCAGUUCGACCGGAAGUUUAGUCUGAAGAAGAACACUCUCAGACUGGUAUUCAAAACAGGUUCGAAUCCCAAACCAGGUAAGGGUACACAUAUUCAAUGCCUGCUGCAGUCGGAGAGGAGAACCACAAGUUCCAGCGAAUGGACAGCUGUCCUUAAGAGUCGCCACAAGGAAAAUGGCGUCGUUGUUUCAGUGACGCCUCCUGCUGACUGUAUUGUCGCAGAAUGGCGGCUCACUGUGGAAAAUAUCGUGUCCAAUUCUGUGAAACCUAGAGCUGUGAAGUACACUCUGAGAGAGAGCAUAUUCAUUCUGUUUAAUCCUUGGUGCAGAGAGGAUGAUGUAUACUUUCCGGAUGUGAGCAAAUUGGACGAAUACGUGUUAAACGACAGCGGAGUAAUCUUCAACGGCGACGCGAAAUACGUGGGACAGAAACCGUGGUUUUAUGGCCAGUUUGAGACGGGGAUCCUUGAAGCCUCCCUGUUCUGUGUUCAGUUGGGAUUUGACUCGAAGUUUGGAUACGCCAUGUCCAACCCUACCCGAGUGUCAAGAAUCAUUUCUAAGAUCGUAAACUUUAAUCAGGACAAUGGCGUGCUGGUCGGAAACUGGAGCGGAGACUACAGUGGGGGAAAGAGUCCCUCCUCUUGGAACGGAAGUGUGGCCAUACUGCGCCAGUUUGUCUCCUCAAAGAGGCCCGUCAAAUGGGGGCAGUGCUUCACAUUCGCAGGAAUCGUGACAACCAUUUGCCGAGCUCUAGGGAUCCCCUGUCGGACCAUCACCAACUUCUCCUCCGCCCACGACACGGACGGAAACAUCAAGAUCGACAUCUAUGUGGACGCCAAUCGGAGAGAGGUGGUGCCCCCGAGCCAACCCAGGGAAAGCAUCUGGAAUUUCCAUUGUUGGAACGAGGUAUGGAUGGAGAGACGCGAUCUUCCGACAGGUUAUGGUGGAUGGCAAAUCAUCGACGCCACCCCACAAGAGGAGAGCUCUGGUUUCAGCCAGUGUGGUCCGGCAUCAUUGAAGGCCAUUAAAGAAGGCAGGUGCGAGCUCCUGUAUGAUACACCCUUUGUAUUUGCGGAAGUAAAUGCCGACAAAGUAGUGUGGGCUCGAGGGGAAGGAGGAAAAUGGUCCAUUGUCAGUCUUGACCCGUCAGCAAUAGGUAAAAAGAUCAGCACCAAAGUUCCAGAUGGACUUCCGGUGAGAGGCGGAGGAGCAAGAAUCCGCGAGGACAUUACAGACGAAUACAAAUUCCCUGAUGCUUCCUUACGAGAGAGACUGGCUGUGAAGAAAGCAAGUCGUGCUCGAGAUGCUGGAGCUCCAUACAUCAACGAAAAGAGCGUGGAAGACGUGCGCUUCCACGGUUUUGUGGACAGGAACUACGUCACUCUGGGCCAGGAUUUCGUCGUGAGUUUCUCCUUCACCAACACUGGGGCCGCGACAAGGACCAUCAGCGCCAGGAUGCUGUGUGAGACCGUGCAGUACACUGGGGUGCGGGACCGAAUCGUGAAACAGCAAUCCUACCAGCUCCCGGUGUCCCCCAGAUCAAACGGUGAAAUGUCUAUGGAGGUUCCAGCAUCCGAUUACUUGCACAAAGUCAACGAAAACGCGACCUUUAAAGUCUCUGUGGUAGCAGAGGUAUUAGAGACUGGCCAGUUGGUCACAUGGGAUGAUGAAUUUCGACUUCUCAAACCGGAAAUGGAAAUUGAGGUUCUCUCAUCUUCCGUGGAGGUAAACAAGCCAUUCCAAUGUCGCCUGAGGUUCCAGAAUCCAUUGAAUACUAUACUGAGGAACUGCUCUAUAAGUGUAGAUGGACCGGGUAUUGACGGAGAGUUCGACCAAAGGAUCAGUGAUGUGGCACCCAAAACUGAAUGGGUAGCGGAAAUGACGAUGACCCCCAAAACAGCUGGCCGGAAGCAGAUCACAGUGACCUUUAAUAGUGACGUCAUAGACAACGUCAGUGGAUCAGCUGAUGUCAUGGUGUCGACAUCUUCACAGAAGCAUGGGCACUUGUUCCAUUGUUUUUAGACAGAAUAUGAUGUUAACCAUUUAUUCUUUUACUCACCACUUUACAUAUCACUUGGGUUUCUUGUACAUGAUAUUUAGAUAAACAAAUACAAAAGCAACUAUAACACUAAACUUUUUAUUGACAAUUUGUCCAUAUCAAUAACCUAAUUUAAAGCGAUGAUACAGAAAAAGAACCGAAAUAAAUAUUUGUCGUUUUACCAUUAUAGAAGAAAUUGAAAGCAAUGAUAACAAAGGGAAAUUUGUAUAUAUUUGUGUAUUUGUAUGUUAUUAUUAUGCAUUAUCAUAUUAUAUUUAUCUUAUCAAAGAUGCGUUUUACAUGAUUAAAAUAACUCCAAACCA